GAAGAACUGAACCCCAUUAUUGUUACCCCACCGAUACAAGCCAUUGAUCAGGACCAGAACAUUCAACCAGCAUCAGAUAGGCCAGGCAUCCUCUACUCAAUCCUUGUUGGAACUCCUGAGGAUUACCCGCGAUUUUUCCAUAUGCAUCCUCGAACUGCAGAACUUAGUCUUCUGGAGCCAGUAAACAGAGACUUUCAUCAAAAAUUUGAUUUGGUUAUUAAGGCUGAACAGGACAAUGGCCACCCUCUUCCUGCCUUUGCCAGUCUACACAUUGAAAUACUGGAUGAAAACAAUCAGAGCCCCUAUUUCACAAUGUCCAGUUAUCAAGGUUAUAUCCUGGAAUCUGCCCCAGUUGGAGCAACCAUUUCUGAUAGUCUAAAUUUAACCACUCCUCUAAGAAUUAUAGCUCUAGACAAAGACGUAGAAGAUACAAAAGACCCAGAGCUUCACCUUUUCCUGAAUGAUUAUACGUCAGUGUUCACGGUGACGCAGACUGGUAUCACACGCUACCUCACCCUACUUCAACCAGUGGACAGGGAAGAACAGCAAACUUACACCUUUUCGAUAACAGCAUUUGAUGGUGUUCAAGAAAGUGAGCCCGUUAUAGUCAAUAUUCGAGUGAUGGAUGCAAAUGAUAACACUCCAACCUUCCCUGAAAUAUCUUAUGAUGUCUAUGUUUAUACAGACAUGAGCCCUGGGAACAGUGUCAUCCAGCUCACUGCAGUCGACGCAGAUGAAGGGUCAAAUGGGGAGAUCACGUAUGAAAUCCUGGUUGGGGCUCAGGGAGACUUUGUCAUCAAUAAAACUACAGGACUCAUCACCAUGGCUCCAGGGGUGGAACUGGUGGUGGGGAGGACCUAUGCGCUCACGGUACAAGCUGCGGACAACGCUCCUCCCGCAGAGAGAAGGUACUCCAUUUGCACAGUGUACAUUGAAGUGCUUCCUCCAAAUAAUCAAAGCCCUCCCCGCUUCCCACAGCUGAUGUAUAGCCUUGAAAUCAGUGAAGCCAUGAGAAUUGGUGCUGUUUUAUUAAAUCUACAG